GCCCCUCCUCGGGCCCUGACACCGGAGCCGGAGCGGGAUGGGGUCGCACGGCUCUCACCUGGCCCAGGUCCCGGAUCUGGACGCCAUCGGCCGGGAGACGGGCUUCUCUCAGGCCAACCUGUCCUGGCUGCAUCACCGGUUUCGGGCCCUGGACAAGGGGAGCAAGGGCUACCUGAGCCGCCAGGACCUGCAGAGCAUCGGCAAGUUGGCCGUCAACCCCCUGGGAGAGCGCAUCGUCAGUAGCUUCUUCCCCCUGGGGGAGGAGAGAGUGGAUUUCCGUGGGUUCGUUCGGGUCCUGGCUCAUUUCCGGCCCAUGGAAGACGAUGGAAGCGCCCAGACUUCGGAGAGCCCCGAGCCCCUCAACAGCCGAGACAACAAACUGCAUUUUGCUUUCCAGCUCUACGACCAGGACCGGGACGGGAAGAUUUCUCGAGAUGAGUUGCUUCAGGUGCUGCGAAUGAUGGUCGGGGUGCAGGUGACGGAGGAGCAACUGGAAAGCAUCGCCGAACGGACGGUCCAGGAGGCCGACACAGAUGGAGAUGGAGCCAUCUCCUUCCUGGAAUUCACCAAGUCCCUGGAGAGGCUGAACGUGGAGCACAGGAUGAGCCUCCGCAUCUUGAAGUGAUCGGCUUCCACCCCCAGGCCAAGCUGCCGAAGUAAACAGGAAAGUACGGCCCACCCGGCGCCCCUGCUUUCCUUCCGGCAAUCAGCUGCGCCAGGGACCCAACGGUCCCGUUUCCCGACCCUGAGGAGGAGCCCUCAGACGGAGGAUGCUCCAUUUGGGGCCGUCUGCCCGUGGGUCCCAAACCUCUUAAGAAGCAGUGUGGCCUAAUGGAUAGAGCACGGGCCUGAGAGUGAG